CACUCUUUCUGUUCUGCUUUCUCGCAAGCACAUCUGACGUGCUGCCCACAGUCCAGGCCUGGCUCUACACCCAUGAAAAGUUGCCAAGUAUAAAGCUUCCCAAGCAUGAGAUGGAUGCUGGGAUGUCUUCGCCUGAGAAGCAGGAUAAAGACAAUUUAGUGGGCAUCAACAAAAAGCAGCUGGGUGUCUGUGGCUGGAUCCUGUUUUCCCUCUCUUUCCUGUUGAUGAUCAUUACCUUCCCCAUCUCCAUAUGGAUGUGCUUGAAGAUCAUUAAGGAGUACGAGCGUGCUGUGGUAUUCCGACUGGGACGCAUCCAAGCCGACAAAGCCAAGGGACCAGGUCUGAUCCUGGUUCUGCCCUGCAUAGAUGUGUUUGUUAAAGUUGAUCUCCGAACAGUUACUUGCAACAUUCCUCCACAAGAGAUCCUCACCAGAGACUCUGUGACUACUCAGGUGGAUGGAGUUGUCUACUACAGAAUCUACAGUGCUGUCUCAGCAGUGGCUAAUGUCAACGACGUUCACCAAGCCACGUUUCUGCUGGCUCAGACCACUCUGAGAAAUGUCUUAGGGACACAGACCUUGUCUCAGAUCUUAGCAGGGCGAGAAGAGAUUGCCCACAGCAUCCAGACCUUGCUUGAUGAUGCCACGGAGCUGUGGGGGAUCCGGGUGGCCCGAGUGGAAAUCAAAGAUGUCCGGAUUCCUGUGCAGUUGCAGAGAUCCAUGGCUGCUGAGGCCGAGGCCACACGGGAAGCCAGGGCCAGGGUCCUAGCAGCAGAAGGGGAAAUGAAUGCUUCUAAAUCUCUGAAGUCAGCCUCUAUGGUGUUGGCCGAGUCCCCCAUAGCCCUUCAGCUGCGUUACCUGCAGACCUUAACCACUGUAGCCACCGAGAAGAAUUCCACCAUUGUAUUUCCUCUGCCCAUGAACAUACUGGAGGGCAUUGGUGGUAUCAGCUAUGACAAUAACCACAAGAAGGUUAAUGACAGAGCCUGAGGUCCUCCUGAGGUAGCCAGUCCAUUGCUUAGAGAGUUCUUUGAAUCCUGUGGGGGAAGCCAGCAGUUAGAGGC